CUCGUCCCCUCCAAUCGUCCUCUGACAACCUCUCGUUCCUCAUCUUCAUCCGCCAAAAGAAAACCAGAAAAACACAAACAAAUUCCCUCCAAGCUUCUUCCUCUUUUGCUCAACCAAAAAUCCCCACAAAAAUGACACUCAACUUGGGCUCCCCGUGGCUCUCUCGCCUCUCUCACCCUCCCCUCCCCAGGCUCGCCGAAACCGUUGCCAACAACAACAGUUCUUCUUCUCUCUUACCUCUCUUACUAUUCACCAACAGUUCGUCGACUCUUGCCAACUUCUCCAAGACCCUCAAGGCCAGAGCUUCUUUGAGCGAGAGCGAAAGUGGGGUGGCUGGGAACUCGGUGGUAGCGCGCCUGUUGGACGAGGAGUUGCUUGGUAAAGUCUCCGCUGCUAAGGACGCCAAUGAAGCGUUGGAGAUGAUUGCUGACAAGUCUGGGACCAGUGGAGGUGUUGUGGGAGUUGAUGACUGUUGCUUGAUCAUAACGGCCGCGCUUCAGCGCAACAAUGCGGGGUUGGCCUUGUCGGUUUUCUAUGCCAUGCGCGCGAGCUUCGACCAAGGUGGUGCUAGUGAAAAUAGACCUUCUCUUGAGAGAUGGAGGUGGACCAGGCCAGACGUACAUGUUUACACAUCAUUAGUUCAGGGUCUUGCAGCAUCAUUGAGGGUUUCUGACGCUCUUAGGAUAAUUGAAGACAUUUGCCAAGUGGGAGUAUCUCCUGGGGAGGAGCAGGUCCCUUUUGGAAAGGUCGUGAGAUGUCCAAGUUGUAUGAUAGCUGUUACUGUUGCACAACCCCAACAUGGCAUUCAGAUUGUAUCUUGUGCAAAGUGCUGCUACCAGUACGAACUUAUUUCUGGUGACAUAGUUAGUAUUGAGUCGGAAGAAAUCAGCAUGGAUGUUCCAGCAUGGAAAAGAGGGCUAAGAUUACUGCAAAUAAUGAAGCAGAGAACUCCUUCUGCUGUUCACUCUAUUGUGGUAGAGACUCCUUCUGGUAUGGCACGCACACACAGAUUUGCCACUGAAACAGUUGAUCUCCCAGCACAACAAGGAGAAAGGGUUUCCAUUGCUGUAGCAGCUCCAUCAAACGUUUAUAGAGAGGUAGGUCCUUUCAAAUUCAGUCCAAAGGCCCCCAAUUUCUACCCUGGAGAGCCCAUGUGCCUGACCAACCACAAAGAUGGCCGGGAAUCACUAUUGUUAAGAGCCCCACAAAAAGAAGGAAGCUCAUCGUUACUUAAACCCUCCAUCCUCUUUCCACUUCUGGCUGUGUUGGCCACGGGCGAUGCUGCCUCUGGGAUUAUUGACCCAAGCUUGCCCCAGUUCCUCUCAGCUGCUGCAGUUGCGUCUCUUGCCGUGGGAGCCACUUUAAAUGCUUUCGUUUUUCCUCAGUUGAAUAAACUUCCUCAAAGAUCCGUGGAUAUAAUUGCUAUCAAGCAGCAACUUUUAUCUCAAUAUGACAUGCUUCAGUCUCGCAUCAAGGAACUAAAGGACGCUGCUGAAAAAGAGGUUUGGAUGUUGGCUCGGAUGUGCCAACUGGAGAACAAAAUAUUCGCUGUAGGAGAACCUUCUUAUCGUGCUCGAAGAAGUAGAGUCAAAAGAGUUCGAGAAGGCUUGGAAAACUCCCUUAGGGGAAGGAUUGAACUGAUUGACAGCUAUGCAAGAAUUUCUUCAAUGAUUGAAAUCGAAGUAGAAUUGGACUCUGAUGUUCUUGCUGCUGAAGCAGCAAGCAAUGUGGAAAGAAUUGCUGAACAGAUAGAACAAAUAAUGGAGCUAGAAAAUCUUGAAGAGAGAUGGAGAAUACGAGCAGAAGCAAACGACGAGGCAGAAAGACUCCUUAGUUCACAAUCCAUAACCACGGAACUGAUUUAAACAUAUAUGGUUGGUUAUUUGACCCAAGUAGUCUAUUCAUUACUUGUGUGCAUUGUUCUAUCCAUUGAAUGGCUCAGCUCCAAGAGAUCAUUUUGCUUGGACCAAUCAAGCAGCAGUCACCAUUCCUCUGACAUAUUACCCACAGGAUGUCAAACAGUGUACUCUGUUUAACAAUCAGAACAUACCAUUACCAUACCACAAGA